GCAGACUGUCAGCACCGUGUGGAGCCACAGAGAGCUGCGCCACGGUGAGGCACGGCACGGCACGGCACGGUAAAACAGCAGAAGACUGGACCGGGUGAAUGCAGUUCUUAACACAGGACACUGCUGCAGACACUUUUCCACCAUUUUCGGGGAUAGGAGGACGCUCACAGUAAUCUUCAUCCACACAGAGAGGAGGACUUUGGCUCCACACAACAUUUUCUUCCGUAAUUCGCGGGAAGAAAAUCUUAAGUAGGGGCCAGGGGGACACAUUAGACCGCGGUCAAUAGCUGUCGAUAGCUACCCGAGUGUUAAUGCUCAGUUCGGCAAACUCCUCAUACCUUUGAAAGUAUCGGCAGUUUUUAAAGAGCCAGAAGGUACCAUACGGCAGUAUUUCGUGUAAAGCUGUGUGGGAAGGAGCCGUCUGUCCGCCAUGGAAAACGCUCACACGAAGAGUGUGGAAGAAGUUUACAGUUAUUUCUGCGUCAAUGAAAGCACAGGACUUUCCCUGGACGAGGUGAAACGUCAGAGGGAGAAAUGGGGCCUAAACGAGUUACCAGCAGAGGAAGGGAAAUCUUUGUGGGAGCUUGUCCUUGAACAAUUUGAAGAUCUUCUUGUUCGAAUUCUGCUGCUGGCUGCAUGUAUUUCUUUUGUCCUAGCCUGGUUUGAGGAAGGAGAAGAAACUAUCACCGCCUUUGUGGAGCCUUUUGUAAUUUUACUCAUUCUUAUAGCCAAUGCCAUCGUCGGUGUGUGGCAGGAACGCAAUGCUGAAGAUGCCAUUGAGGCACUUAAGGAGUAUGAGCCUGAGAUGGGGAAAGUGUACCGGCAGGACAGGAAAACUGUGCAGAGGAUCAAAGCCAGAGACAUUGUGCCUGGCGACAUCGUGGAGGUUGCUGUUGGAGAUAAGGUCCCUGCUGACAUCCGUAUCUGUUCAAUCAAGUCAACAACUCUGAGGGUAGACCAGUCCAUUCUGACCGGUGAAUCUGUCUCUGUCAUCAAACACACCGACCCCGUGCCUGACCCUCGUGCUGUCAAUCAGGACAAGAAGAACAUGCUCUUCUCUGGUACCAACAUUGCAGCUGGGAAGGCUGUGGGUGUGGCCGUGUCCACCGGUAUUAACACUGAGAUUGGUAAGAUCCGUGACGAGAUGGCGGCAACCGAGCAGGAGAAAACGCCCCUGCAGCAGAAGCUGGAUGAGUUUGGCGAGCAGCUGUCCAAGGUCAUCUCCCUCAUCUGCAUCGCCGUGUGGAUCAUCAACAUUGGCCACUUCAACGACCCCGUCCACGGAGGCUCCUGGGUCCGCGGGGCUGUCUACUACUUCAAGAUUGCCGUGGCGCUGGCUGUGGCCGCCAUCCCUGAGGGUCUUCCUGCUGUCAUCACCACCUGCCUGGCCCUGGGCACCCGACGCAUGGCCAAAAAGAACGCCAUUGUCCGCAGCCUGCCAUCCGUAGAGACCCUGGGCUGCACCUCUGUCAUCUGCUCUGACAAGACGGGAACCCUGACCACCAACCAGAUGUCUGUCUGCAGAAUGUUCGUUGUCAACAAGGCUGAAGGAGACAGCUGCUCUCUAUCAGAGUUCACUAUCACAGGUUCUACCUACGCACCUGAAGGAGAAGUGUACCAGGAUGGUAAACCAGUGAAAUCCUCUCAGUAUGAUGCCCUGGUUGAACUGGCUACCAUCUGUGCCCUGUGUAAUGACUCCUCUCUGGACUUCAAUGAGGUGAAGGGUGUGUACGAGAAGGUCGGCGAGGCCACAGAGACUGCACUGACCUGUCUGGUGGAGAAGAUGAACGUCUUUGACACUGAAGUCCAGAGCUUGUCCAAGAUUGACAGAGCUAAUGCCUGCAACUCAGUGAUCAAGCAGCUCAUGAGGAAGGAGUUCACCCUGGAGUUUUCCAGAGACAGGAAGUCCAUGUCUGUCUACUGCACCCCCAACAAGUCUCGUUCUUCCAUGGGCAAGAUGUUUGUAAAGGGGGCCCCGGAGGGAGUUAUUGAGAGAUGCACUCACGUCAGAGUUGGCAACAAUAAAGUUCCCCUCAGCAAAGCUAUCAAGGAAAAGAUCAUGUCUGUGAUCCGUGAGUAUGGAACAGGACGUGACACCCUAAGGUGCCUGGCUCUGGCCACAAGAGACAGCCCACCCAAAAUGGAGGACAUGAUACUAUCUGACUGUACCAAAUUCGCAGAGUACGAGACUGAUCUGACCUUCGUCGGCUGCGUCGGCAUGCUGGACCCUCCCAGACAAGAGGUUGCCGCCUCUAUCACGCUGUGCCGCCAGGCUGGUAUCCGUGUCAUCAUGAUCACCGGGGACAACAAGGGCACAGCUGUGGCUAUCUGUCGCCGCAUUGGCAUCCUGAAUGAGGAGGAUGACGUGGAAAGCAUGGCCUUCACCGGACGAGAGUUUGAUGAACUCUCGCCAUACGCUCAGCGCGAGGCUGUGACUCAUGCUCGCUGUUUUGCCCGCGUCGAGCCUUCCCACAAGUCCAAGAUCGUAGAGUUCCUGCAAGGAUUUGACGAGAUCACUGCUAUGACGGGUGAUGGAGUGAAUGAUGCCCCUGCCUUGAAGAAGGCAGAGAUUGGCAUCGCCAUGGGCUCUGGCACUGCCGUGGCCAAGUCAGCCUCUGAGAUGGUCCUCGCCGAUGACAACUUUUCUUCCAUCGUGGCUGCCGUUGAAGAAGGCAGAGCUAUUUACAAUAACAUGAAACAGUUCAUUAGAUACCUUAUCUCCUCCAACGUGGGGGAGGUGGUCUGCAUCUUCCUUACUGCAGCGCUGGGCUUCCCUGAGGCUCUUAUCCCAGUUCAGCUUCUCUGGGUCAACCUGGUGACAGAUGGCCUACCUGCCACCGCCCUGGGCUUCAACCCCCCAGAUCUGGACAUCAUGGAGAAGCCUCCUCGUAACGCUAAGGAGCCCCUCAUCUCUGGCUGGCUCUUCUUCAGAUACCUGGCCAUUGGAGGUUAUGUGGGUGCAGCCACAGUGGGAGCUGCUGCCUGGUGGUUCACUGUCUCUGAAGAUGGACCUCAGCUCACUCUUUACCAGCUGAGCCACUUCCUCCAGUGCGGCCCAGACAACCCAGAUUUCGACGGCCUGGACUGCCACGUGUUUGAGUCGCCCUACCCGAUGACCAUGGCCCUGUCUGUGCUCGUCACCAUUGAAAUGUGCAAUGCUCUCAACAGUCUGUCAGAGAACCAGUCCCUGCUGCGGAUGCCACCCUGGGAGAACAUUUGGCUCCUGGGGGCAAUCUGCCUCUCCAUGUCCCUCCAUUUCCUCAUCCUCUAUGUGGAACCUCUGCCUGUCAUCUUCCAGAUCACCCCUCUGGAUACAACCCAGUGGAUGAUGGUGCUGAAGAUCUCCCUGCCUGUCAUCCUGCUGGAUGAGCUGCUGAAGUUUAUGUCCAGGAACUACUCGGACUUUGGUAAACAGCUGGAGAAGCCGGCCAGCAAAGGCUGCUCUCUGUCUGCAUGGGCUGAGGGCAUCUCCUGGCCCUUCGUGGCCAUCUCCCUACCCCUGGUGCUGUGGAUCUACAGCACCGACACUAACGUGUCUGCCAUGUUGUGGCCCUGACUGACUCCAGUACACUACCCUCCCUGUGCACCAGUGUGAAGUGGACAUUAACACACACAUCUAACACAGUUACAUUAACUCGGAACAACUCACAGUCAACACCUGCACUUGCUCUGACAGUCUGCGUGGUGUCAGAUCUUUUGUAUUUAGGACAUUUUCACCGAUACAUGUUUUUGGGCGGGGGGCUGGGGCUAUAGUCAUAUUUUAAUGACUUUAACUGACAUUAUGUCUAUGUGUUUUAUUUUACCAUCACGCUUUUCUCUCUUUUGAUCCCCUGUUUUGAACAUUUAGAAAUGCCCACCGUGUUGGAGCUGUGUGUUGAGCUGUACAGAGAAUUUACACUAUUUUAUAAUAAUUAAUAUUUUGUAAUUUUUGGGAGGGGCUGUGGGGACCAGAAUGCUGGGUGUGAAGAGGAUGUAAUUCUAAGGACCGUAUAGAACAAUACUAAUUUUGGGGUAAAGACUUGAAUAUAUUUGCCCUGGCAUGAAUCUCUAGUCAUUUUUUGAGCUCCAUGCAUAAUCACUCAUUAUUUUCUGCAGUAGGCAGAGCACAGCUACCUCAAUGCUGUUAAUAUGACCAUUACUACACAUCUGUCUUAACAACCAUUUCAUAGACUAUCAUUUGUUGAGGUAAGCACCAAUUUGUUUUGCAGUAGAGACAAAGCCCUCACACACAAUUUUUUUUUUUUAAAUAUAAAUUUCUUUUCUGUGUUAUUGGACGGAAGAGAGGACAAGGAUAUGUUACCAGUUUGGUUCAGAGCAUUUUUUGUUAAAAGCCUGUUGUUAAAUUUGUUUACUUGAAAAAACACAUUUGUCGUGAUUUCAUUUUUUUAAGUUUGACUUUUUUUUUUUUUUUUUAUAGGUUCAGUCUCAACUGUCAGUCUUAAUUUUGCAUCUUAAUUACAGUAAUCUUUCUAAUGUAUGUAUAAUGUGCACAUACUGUACUUGAAUAUGUAAAAAGGCACCAAGAAGCUGUUAGUCUUAUCAACUGAGCACAACAUGGUCGACUGGUCAUUGGAAGAGUCUGUAUAUCUGUACAUAGCACACAAAGUAGAAUCUCUGUAUAGAUUUUUUUCUUUUUGUCGCUGCUGUCAAAAUGCUCCAUACAUUUACUCUAGUUUACUUAAGCGUGGUCUUAGCCUUCCUGCAUGCCUGCUCCAAUAAUACCAGGCCAGUGAGUGCUCUGAGUUUUUUUUAGCUUUAAAGCUAACUGUUGUUUCUUCCAAUGCCUUCCACCUGUUAACCUGCAGAGUGAGUACACUUUAACCUGCAUGCCAACUAGCGCUCUCUCAUCUUUACGUGGUUGCACAUGCAGCUUUGCUCGUACGAGAAUGACAGCUUCUCAUAUUUUUGAUAGGACUAGUAGUUUUUUUUUUUUUUUUUUUUUUUUUAAAUAUGCUUUUAAUGGUACAAAAGUGAGAGGAAUGAUUUAAGGUGUUUGAGAGUUUGUUUGAAAAUGCCUUCAAUUUCACCAAGUGCCAGAUAGACACUGAGUAGAAAUAGGAGCCUUUUUGCAUUUGGAACUGGCACAGUGUCACUGGUGCCGGUUAUUUUUGACUGUAGACUGGCAGCAUGUUUUGGCAACUGGUAGAGACACUGACAUUUAUGUGCCCCCACGCCAUUACAGGACAUGGUGUUACUGGUGUGUUUUUUUUAAUUUAUACAUGUCUUUUUUCUUUUCUUUUUAUUGCAUUUGUCUUUUGACCUAAUUCUCUGCUUGCCCAUAGCAUGGCCUUAAUAUAUAUUUGCUCUUUUUAUGAAAAGAAGUACUGGUGAAUAUAAAUUAUUUGCUGCUCAGAUGCUUUUACUUUGGCCUGUGAUUCUUGUGUCCACUGAUUUGAUUCUUCCUCUCUCUUCUUUUUCUUUGCAGCAAAGGCCAAGUAAGCCCACCUCUACUCUAAAUUCCUUGCAGAAACUUUGGUUUUGUUUUGUGUUGUGCAUGUGUGUUUUGGGCAGCACAUCUUACAAGAGCUGCAUGUCAGUUAAGUAAUACGAAGACAGAGGCUCAUAAAGACCAUACAUCAUUUUAUAGAAUGGCCAUAAAUAAUUGCUGAUGAAAACUAGCCAGUCCAACCUCAUCAGUCCUAACAUCGUCCUGCAUGAAGAGCCUUAGAUUACGAUACAAUUCUCAUGCCAUCUUUUUAGACAAAUAUCUUAGUACCGUGUACAGUGAAUUGUACUAUAUUCCAUGGUGCAUGUCCGCUGAAUCAGCCAUCUGUUUUACCAGACCUGUGUAAUAGACAAUGUAUAGUAUUGGUUAAUAGAAUAGACAUUCGUCAGAUAGUACAAAUGUUAAAUAAGCUCAAAAAAAACAGUUCAUCUUUCCUAAGGAAAUACUUUUAUGGGAUAUUUAAAAACCAAACAGCCUUUUUUUUGCUUUGCACUGAGAUGUGCAACAUGUUUGGAGCAGAUUUUGCCAUAUCUGGGAAGGCGGACGUGCAGCGGUGCAGUGAUGCAUACGUUUUACCAUGAGAACGACAGGCAGUCCCUCCACUGGCAUUUUUUUGCCAAACUGCUGUACUGUAUUUUCAGAGAUGAUUGUACAAUGUAUCACAUGAACUUUGGUUUCAGGUAAAUAAAACUGUCAUACGUGAAGAGUUUAA